AUGCGGAUACGACGAGCCUCACCACUUCUCCUCCUCCUGACCCCCUCCCUGGUCGUCGCUGACGCCGCGAAGAAGCCUGCCGAUGGGGUCGAAGUCCUCAGCAACGAUGACAUACUAUCUCUGAACCGCGCCCCCAACGAUGCGCGAGUAGCGGACAGUGCGCCGGAUUCAACGAACAACGCAAAGAGCACAAGCACAGCGAGACCCUACAAAGGUACCGAGGAUGCGCCAGUGGAUGGACAGGAUGGCAAACCCAAGAUUGGGCCAUUCGUGGAUACCACGCCGGAUGAGGUGAAAACGAAGAAUGGCGAGCCAGCAACGACGACUUCGAAAUCGGUGCCUACGUCACUGAAGAAUCUGGAAGAGACUAUGGGGGACAUACCCGAGAAGAAUGAUGGAGUCAUGAACGAUGAGAACAGACCUGUACCGAAGAAGGGCACCACUGGCACAGAAGGUGGAAUCAGCGAGAAGGAGAAGCUCAGAAAGGGGCAGGACGGUCAGGUGGAGAACAAGCCACAGGAGCCAAAGGAAGCACCACCCAUACCGCAGAGUGAGCAGAAGCAUUUGGAUGGCGACGAAAAGAAGGGACCAAAAUCCUCGGACAAGAAGACGACAGAUGCCACAACUACGAAAGAUGGCAAAGACCCGAUUACUGGUGAGAAGACCGAGGGCAAGAAGGACAAGGGAGAUGGAUACGGUGAUGGCAUCGGCAUGGAGAAGCCCAAGGACCUGCCAGAGAAGCCUCACAACAUCCCUCACCCUGAUCCCAAGAUCGCCACCUCACCAGAUGAUGAUUUUGGCCCGCCUGUGAACGGUGAAGGCAAGAACAAGUGGUUGGUCGAGACGAUGCCCGACACCGAGGGCAAGACGAACCCCAAGCCGCCCAAGUCGAAGUCAAACUCCCCAUCAGGCUCAACAACCACCACCCCAUCCUUGACCCCUGGCGAAGAAGAAUCAUGGCACGAAUGGUUCCAUUCCUUCGUCCUCUCCUUCACCAUGAUCAUCUUCAGCGAAAUCGGCGACAAGACCUUCCUUGUCGCCGCUCUCAUGGCCAUGCGCCACGCCCGCGUCCUCGUCUUCUCAGCCGCCCUCUCCGCUCUCAUCGCCAUGACGAUCCUUUCGGCAGUCCUCGGCCACGCCUUUCCUACCCUCCUCCCCAAGAAGUUCACGACCUUCGCUGCCGCAAUCCUCUUCUUCGUGUUCGGCGCAAAGAGCUUAAGAGAAGGGCUCGCCAUGUCCAAACAUGCUGGUGUUGGUGAUGAAAUGAGGGAAGUGGAAGCAGAACUUGAAGAGAAGGAACAUACCAUGCGCAGGAAAUCAAAAGGAGACCUGCUCUCACCAUACGAGCUGGAAUCCGGACGAGGGCGAUCUCCCGGCUUCGAUAAGAUGGGCAGACCCGAACCUUCACCGCCCAUGUCUCGCUCUCCAAGUCCUCCACGAGGGAAGAAGGACCGCUUUGGCGGACUGAUGAAUCUGUUAGGUCUGGUCCUCAGUCCUGCGUGGGUACAAACAUUCGUCAUGACCUUCCUAGGCGAAUGGGGCGACCGAAGUCAAAUCGCCACGAUUGCCAUGGCGGCCGGCCAGGACUACUGGUGGGUAACACUGGGUGCCAUUGUAGGCCACGCGUGUUGUACUGGUAUUGCGGUGAUUGGAGGGAGGGCGCUGGCGGGGAGGGUGAGCAUGAGAGUUGUCACCAUCGGCGGCGCCGUCGCCUUUCUCGUCUUCGGCUGCAUCUAUCUCUACGAGUGCAUCGUCGACUAA